AUGUCGUGUCCACUCUUGCAGUUUCGAUACGUGCCAGUGUGUGAUCCUCCUCUCUCUAGCAGGAUAGAACCGUUUUUACAGAUAUCCAAUGAAAUUAACUCAGAUUCAGAGAAAUUGAGUCAACUUCAGAAAAUCAUCCACCAGCAGCAGGACAAUUUAUCCCAGCAAUUGGGCAAUGACAAUAACUUUCCCGUGGAGGAGCAAUUUCUCAAAUCACAGAUCUCCAAUCUAUUGAAGAGGCAGGGACAAAUGGCCAUCAAACUCUGCCAAGAGCUAAUCAGUCACAUUUCAGACCACAGGUGUAAUCUGUGACAAUGGUACCAAAACAGUUGCUAUUAUUUUACAACAAAUGAAGAGAAAACCUGGACUAACAGUAGAAAGAACUGCAUAGACAAGAACUCCACCUUGGUGAAGAUAGACAGCUUGGAAGAAAAGGAUUUUCUUAAGUCGCAGCCAUUACCCAUGUUUUCUUUCUUUUGGUUGGGAUUAUCAUGGGACCCCUCUGGCAGAAGUUGGCUAUGGGAGGAUGGCUCUAUUCCCUCUCCAUCCUUAUUUAGUACCAAAGAACUUGCCCAGAUCAAUGGAUCCCGAGGAUGCGCUUAUUUUCAAAAAGGAAAUAUUUAUAUUUCUUGCUGCAGUGCUGAAAUUUCUUGGAUUUGUGAGAAGACAGCUGCCCUAGUGAAGAUUGAAGAUUUGGAUUAA